AUGACAAUAGGGUAUCCCAACUCUGUCUCUUCUGAGCCUAGUGUAUACGAUGUUGCCCCGUCGCCCGUCGGUAACUUGUACGAAGGGAGUUCAUCCUUCAUCGGUCAGUUUCAAGUUGCCAGUGAAGAGAUCAAACGUGAGGACAAUAAGAAGCUUAUGAGCGGUCAAACGCGGUCUAUACCAGAGAUCGUUCCUCUACCAGCUUCCAUUGUGCUCACGGUGUUACGUACCAUCAAAGCAAAUCCAACUCGCUUUCUGCCAGGCCAAGCUAUUACUGAUUUCAAGCUGAUCGAGCAUUUCUGCCAAAAGGUUUACUUUCCCACAGAACCAGUAACUCUCGGUCAUAUCACAAGUGUCAAUGGUAUCAUGCGUCUCCUCCUCAGAGAAUUCAUCAUCACCGAACAUCCUUUGAGCAAAGAGCAUGAUUUGAAGGCAUUGAAAGCUCAAGCUGAGCGAAACUUCGAUCUGGGACUUGAAACGUUUGAGACUUUGACGGUGCCUAGUUUUGAAAAUGUGGUUGUACUCACAACUGCCGUUUUAAAAAUCCAGAACGAGAGUAAACCAGUCCUCGCUCGCACUCUUGUAAACGCAGGCCUCAGUCACUGCCAAAUGCUGGGUUACCAUCGCGAAGUCACAUAUCAGAAAGACCAAAGCGGUUUUGCUGAGAACAAACGUCGUCUAUUUUGGACGCUGAUCCAGGACAUUGAGGUUGACGCACAUUGGCCUGCUGUGCCAGAUGAUCUUGCCGAAAAACCCUGGAUUGAGCUUUUCCAUCUGGUCAUUAGGCUGGCUAAAAUUCAAGGUUUGAUUUUUGACAAACUAUACUCUGUUGCUGCAUUGCAAUCUCCGGCUGUGGAGCGAAGACAGUGGAUUGACUCCCUAGUUGCUGACGCUCAUCGAUGGAGACAUGACUUGGACAACGUAGAUGGUAGCCAAGUCCGAUUCAAGAAGAUCUUGGCGCUUUCUAUGACCCAUUGGGAUAUUCAGUAUUACUCAACCCUCACCACACUUCUCCGAGCACCGGCUAUGCCGGGCGUUGGAACAGAUAUGACUUCACAAUGUUUUCAGGCCGCCAGACUCGCUCUGAAGAGCCAUUUACGCGCAUUCGCUGGCUAUGGCGGAGAGAAAAUGUUCACAAAGGCAGACUACAUCGACUGGGCUCUUCAUAACUCCUCCUUCACCCCCUUCGUCGUAACCUUCCUCCACUCCAUUGCAGCAUCCAGCCUUGAAGAUGUCAGCCUUCUUGAGGAAGUAGUCGACACAUUUCGCCACGCGCGUGAAAUUCACGCCGGUGCCGAGAAACUCUACCAGAUCUGUGAUACAUUCGCACGACUAGCCCGACGGAUGGUGGAGUCACAAAACACGUCAGUGGGCAUGUAUGAUCAGAACACCGAUUCGCUUCAGGUGGCGGGUGUUUCUGAGAACUUACCGCUCAGUUGGCCAGAAUUUGGACAGCAAGUUGAAGCUGAUGCUAACAUGAGCGUGUUCUUAAAUGAUGACAUGACGUCGAUCCUGGCUGAUUGGAUCAACGGACAACCUCCUGCGGCGGAGAUGUUUGCUAUGGAUUUUGGAGAGUAA